AUGAUGGAAUUGAAAUGUCGUAUUGAUGGAGUUUCGGCUGCUUAUGUCCGGCACUAUCGUCAAUUCUAUGAUAGUUUGUUGAGCUUGCACUUCAAAUUUAACGAUAGUGAUUCUGCGGGUAAGCUUGUUUUGGAUAUGAAUAGCUCACAUAAUUGUCACAAUAAUGAAGAAUGUAGGAAUCACUUACAAAAGCCUUGCUUUAUCGCGACUGGAUCGCCUAACCUUAAGAAUGCGUUAAAGAUACAUAUAGAGCCUGAGCUAUUGCAGAAGGACUCUGUGCUUAAAUUGGAAGGUAGAGAAGGUCUUGUUUUUUACAAGGGUGGGAAACUUGUUCUUAGUAAUAGAGCUUUGGCUAAGUUUAUUAUUGGUUACAAGAAAGAUGGUAGAAUUAGUGAACUUUCGAAACUUUUGCUUAGCAUUCAAGGGGAACAAUAUUCAGUGGCAGGGUCCAGUUUGUCUUCUGAUGUGAUCGCUGCUUGCAUUCAGAUGGGAUGGCUUGAAUCUGCUCAUGACAUUUUGGACGACGUAGAGGCUGCAGGGUCUCCGAUGGGCCGCGAUACAUAUAUGUUAGUCUUGUCAGCAUAUCAGAAGAAGGGGAUGCAAAGAGAAGCUAAAGCACUGCUAAAACAAAUGAAAAAGAUUAAUUUGCACUACGAAUUAUCUGAUGAUGCUAUCCACAAACACAUCCUUUGUGAAGAAACAUCAAAUUCCGUUGGUAAAUCAGAUUUGGCUGUCGCCUUGACUCAACUAUUGAAAGAUGAGAAUCAGACGGUUAUUCCUUUGGUUUAUAACUUCAACUCUUCGAUCUUCUUUUUCUGCAAGGCAAGAAUGAUAGAUGAUGCUAUGAGGGCAUAUAGAAGAAUGUGUGAAAUGAAAAUUCAACCGACAAGCCAAACUUUUGCUUAUCUCGUGCGAGGAUAUUCUUCUCUCGGUAUGUAUCGCGAGAUUACUUUCUUGUGGGGGGAUAUCAAGAGAUUCAUGAAGAACAGCUAUUUAGUUGUAGAUAGAGAUCUAUAUGAGUUACUGCUGCUAAACUUCAUUCAAGGUGGUUACUUUGAGAGACUGAUGGAGGUCAUUGGCCAUAUGAAUGAUCAUAACAUGUAUACCGACAAGUUGAUGUACAAAAACGAGUUCCUUAGACUUCAUAGGAGUCUUUAUAGGACUUUAAAAGCAUCGGAUUCAAGAACAGAAGCUCAGAGCAAAAGGCUUGAGCAUGUUCAGGAAUUUAGGAAAUGGGCUGGUAUUGAUUAA